AUGACCAACAAAAAGGCUUCUGCAUCCCCAAACUUGAUUCAAGCUAACAUUUUACUUCAAGGACAUGCUAUUUCUGCUUUAUUUGACUCAAGUGCUACACAUUCCUUUAUUUCUAUAGAUUGUGUCCAGAAGUUGAAAUUGCCUGUGGUUGAGCUACCUUAUGAUUUGAGAGUAUCUACUCCUGCAGCAGUCAUAGUCGUAACUACAAAAGUGUGCCUAAGGCUUGCACUUCAGUUUGAAAAUCAAGACUCUACCAUAGACUUGUUUUGUCUACCUUUGAAAGGUAUUGAUGUGAUUAUUAGCAUGAAUUGGUCGAUGUCCAAUGGUGUAAUUCUCGACUGUAAAAGGAGGUUAGUGAUGAUUAUGGUAGGUGUGUUAUGCGCUGAGAUGUCUGGUGGUCCAGUUCUUUUGUCUGCUGCCUAA